GCGCCGAGUGUCCCACGAAGCAAGUAAGCGGGCGCCGUGGCUCCGCUAAAUGAACUGUUGCUUAGUUUUAAUUUAAUUUUAUAGCGUACAAUGGCGGGAUUUAUGCGCAGCAUUGCAGCCUUACUAUUGGUUGCCGUGAGGUUAGCGAAAUCGGACGAUGUGAUGGGCUGCGGUGGUUUCAUUCGGUCCAACGUGACCAUCAACUACUCACGGGUCGAAGUGAAAUUACUAACGCGGCAAGGCAGCCAGAAGUAUCAGACUGAAGGAGCACCCAACAAUGGGUACUACUUGAUCCCGCUGUACGACCGUGGUGACUAUACGCUGCGAGUGGACCCACCUCCCGGUUGGGUCUUCGAGCCUGCUUCCGUAGACUUGCACAUCGACGGCACUACGGACCCCUGCAGCACAGCACAAGACAUCAACUUUGUCUUCAAAGGAUUCUCCAUCGUGGACAAAGUUUUGAGCGAUGGCCAACAGGAGGGACCCCCCGGGGUGACGGUGGAGCUGCGUGACAACCAGGGCAGGACGCUGCAGAAGACACUGAGCACCAAAGGGGGCGGCUACGUCUUCACACGCAUCCUGCCGGGAGAGUACACACUGGUUGCCUCUCACCCCAUCUGGAGCUUGGGCCGCUCCAGCACCACCGUCAAGGUAAUCGACGACAAUGGUACCCCCACCGAGAGCCUCGUGGUCGCCGGCUACGAUGUUCGUGGUGAAGUCUUUGGCGAGGGUGACCCGAUUCGAGGCGUGCACUUUGUGCUCGCAUCCGACAAGUCUGAGACGGGGGCCAAGGUGGCGCUACGAGGCUGCGAGGACAGCCCGCCCCGUGGUUUCAGUCUGCCGGCUGGCCUACACUUCUUGUGCACCGUGACCUCUGGCAGUGAUGGACAGUUUGUGUUCCCCGCUGUGCCACCGGGCUCGUACAAGUUGCUGCCCUUCUACAAGGCGGAACGCAUUGAGUUUGACAUUGCACCACGGCAGGCUGUCUUCUCUGUCAAACACGGUGGCCACCGCUUCCCCAACAAGUUCCAGGUCCAAGGCUUCAGCGUGAGUGGCAAGGUGCGUGUCUCCGAAGAGGGACCCGGUGUGCCUCAGGCCGAAGUCUUCCUGGGUGGCAGCAGAGCGGCGACCACCGAUGCCUCUGGCACAUUCCACCUCGAGAACAUGAAAGCCGGCCAGUACGUCAUCCAUGUCAAGGCCCCCGGCAUGACGUUCGACCCGUUCCCCGUGCGGGUGUCACCCAACACACCCGAGCUUCCCGCCAUAGUGGCUUCUCAGUUUGAAGUGUGUGGCACCAUUGAAGGUGCCAGCCGUAGGAUCAUCGUGGAAGGCAGCAAGGAGCCGUCGACGGUGAUUGCAGACUCCUCCGGAAAAUUCUGCACUGCUCUCAAGGCCGGCAAGUAUGUUCUGCGACCUUUUGUCGGAAAGGAGGAGGAGGCCUCGGGCCUUCGCUUUGUGCCUGCCGACAUGUCGCUGGACGUUCCCGUUGUCAAAACGGACGAAGUGGCCUUUAAGAGAUUCAGGGCCGAAAUUCGAGGUAAAGUGGCCUGCAUCAAGGAGUGUGGGCAAGGUCUCAAGGUGUUCCUGCGUGCUGCCAACUUGCCGGAGGAUGCCGAAACGGCCACGGCAGAGGUUCAGCCGGAUGGGAGCUUCCAUUUUGCCGGUUUGUCCGUGGGGAAAUACAGGCUCUGGGUGGACCGCCCAGAAUGGUGCUGGGAACACGACCGAGUUGGCGGCAAGCUUCAUGCCGUCGACGAGGCCGUCUCACGUCUGACGUUGCAGCAGACGGGUUUCCGGGCAACCGUAGUGUCGAGCCACGCCACUCGCGUCGAAGUGGUUCACACCGACGACAGCGCUGCCGCCCUGAACCUGGAAGUCCCUGCGGGCUCGUCUCGGCACUGCUUGCCCAAGCAAGGAACGUACGCCGUGCGACCAGUCGGAUGCCACGAGUUUAGGGAAAAAGACAUCAGUUUCGACACAUCUCAGCCAACUGCCAUCACUCUGACUGUGUCCAGGCACACUGUGGGUGGCAUUGUGAUUGCCGAAGAGAAUGUCACCGACCUGGUUGUGAUGGCUACAUUGUCGGGAGCCUCUACACCUGUCCAAGUGGUGCCUUCUGCACCGGUCAAGCACGCUGGGGACAAGUUCCUCUUUCGGUUCAGCUUGAUGCUUGCUCCAUUGGUGUCGGCUGAGCUCGUACCUCGAUCGGGGCGUCUGCUGUUCAGUCCGCCUGCAUUGCGCAUUUCCGUAGGCAACGACUGUGCAGAGGAAGCUGCACGCUUUCGAGGGGCGCAUUGGCCUUUUUGUGGAUGGUCGCGUGAAACCACCACUGGGAGGUGUGCAUGUCGUGGUUCGAGACAUGGCAGGCAAGCGGCCGCAAGCAAGGAUGGCUACGUGUUGCGCCCACUGGACAAGCUCGGCCAUUUCGAGGCCUUCAAGUAUGCCGAGGUGAAGGUGACAGUGUCAGAGGCUGGCGGGCAGCCCCUGGCGGGUGUCUUGGUAUCGCUGAGUGGAGCCACCGACUACCGCAACCACAGCCGGACGCGCGAAGACGGCCGGCUCCGCUUCCCGAAUCUCAGCCCCGGCAAUUACUUCCUUCGACCUAUGAUGAAGGAGUACCGCUUUUCGCCUGCCUCUAAGAUGCUCACUGUUGGGGAAGGUGCCACUGUCAAGUUGGACAUCACGGGUGACCGCGUGGCAUUUAGCUGCCUGGGAUUGGUGAGUUCGGUGACGGGCGAAGCCGAGCCAGGUGUGUCUCUGGAAGCACUGGGCACGGGCACCUGCCAGGGACAUCAGGAGGAAGCCCUGAGUGACAACGAGGGCGCCUUCCGGCUGCGCGGACUCCUGCCCGGCUGUGCCUACCAGCUGCAGCUCAAGCCAGGCGCCAACCCACACAUCGAGAGGGCCGAGCCCCCCAAACGCGAACUUGUGGUCACCAACGCGGACCUGACAAAUGUGCGGGUCAUAGUGUUCCGCUUCUUCAACCAAAUGGACAUCACAGGCCAGGUUGUCACAGACCCCAAACACCUGCCCAGCCUCAAGAUUCGUGUGGUGGUGGACGAUGCACCCGAACAGACACUGCACACGGUCACACCGGGUCCCGGCGGUUUCUUCUUGCUGCCACCGCUGACACGUGACGGCCGCACCUACUGCCUCCAGCUAGAGGGGAGCAGUAACAAUGGCGGCACCUGCUUCCAUGGCAACACGUCGCACCGUCACGUGACGCUGCGUCACGCGCCCGAGCUGCCACCACACCUCGAGCACGAGAUCGUGGCCCGCUCCUCACUGCUUGCCCUGCCUGUGACAGUGGUUGCGCUGCUUGCCUGCUACUACUCUUCACGCCUGCUCACCAUGGGUGCUGAUGUUGCACAGACACUGCGGACCCUAGUGAAGCAGAUUAGUGGCACAGCCAAGAACACCGAGGGGGCCACGGGUUCACCUGCCGACACGAGACGAAAGGCCAAAGCGCGGCGCACCUGAGAUUGCUCUUGGAUGCCCCAAGAUACCAUUUGUAAAAUGCCACAUUCCCGGA